AUGUCAUCUCUAACCUCCUCCCUCCCCCCAAUAACCCAAUGCACCCGUCGACGACUCCUAACCCAACAUCAGCAGCUACGGUAUAAAUCCACAACCAGGCGGAUGACCAAAGCCCUCCGUCUACACCCUCACGGCUCCUUCAUCGGUACAGCCUCCACGAUACCAUCACGAUCGGCUACUUCUCGAAACCUACCCCCUUCUACGAAUAGUAGUAGUAGUGUAUUACCAACGAUUAUUCAUAAUCCACCGUCUGCUGCUCCUACGCCUUAUAUCACCCCUCGAUUGUUCGUUCCGAGUGUUGAUCCUAGAUAUGAGGUGCCGAGUGAUACUGCAAUUCUUACAUCUCCGCCUUUGGCGAAUUAUGCGCCUAUAAAUCCUCGGCCUGAGAUUACAUCAUCUACAUCAUCCACAUCAUCAUCCAGCGGAGAAACAACAGAAGAAGCAACAGUAGAAAAGCUACCACCGGCAUUAUCACGCCCUUACCAAAAGACAUACCAUCUAAACGAAGCAGAUAUCAAAAAGAUACAACAAUUGAGAGGACAGAAUCCGGAUGUUUAUAGUAGAAAUAAAUUGGCCAAGAUGUUUGGAUGUUCUGAGUUUUUUGUGGGGAUGGUGGCGCCUACUACUGAGGAGAGGAAGAAGGAGAUGAGGAAGAAGGAGGAAGGGGUUAGGGCUGGGUGGGGGAAGAUUAGAAGUUUUGCUAGAGAGGAGAGGGGGAGGAGGAGGGAGUUGUGGAGUAAGGAUUUGUAA